GUUUUAACACAAGGAAUUCGACAGAACUCAGGCUGGCACGGAAACAUCCAAUCACAUCCAGCCUCCUUGUUGACGACAGAACAUUUCAACCAAGCGGUUUCUCAAGAUUGACACCUUGACACAUAGAAGCUUAAAUAUGUUACCUGCGAGCCAGUAUGUGGGUGUCUAAUCAGUGUAAAAUAUUGUGAAAGUGGACUGCAUGCCGGUAGGAAUAUAUUCGUAUCUUCAACUGUAUGUAGACCCUGGUGGUGAAACGGCGCAAACACCAAAUUUAACAGGUUAAACUAUAAGUGUAGACAACAAACACAUUUGGGUUCGAAGGUUAUGUCUACCAGAGCCCCUUUCGCGGCGGUAGUGGCUGCGCUAGGCCUCUGUUUGAUUUUGCUUGUCGGGGCAGAGGACGGUUCCGGUCGCUCAUACGUAGCUGCUGUCUACGAGCACCUUGUGAACCUGAACUCAGAGCCGCACGUACCGCUGUCUCGAGCUGCUGCACUCCAACACAUGAAGAAGAAUCUGGACGUUUAUGAAAUGCAAGCUGCUGUGGCAUCCAGAAAGGGUGCUCAGAUUAUAGUGUUUCCCGAAGAUGGUCUCCAUGGUUUCAACUUCAGUCGUUCAUCCAUAGCGGGUUACCUAGAGACCAUCCCCGACCCAAAAAAAGAGAACUGGAACCCAUGCACCGAGCCAGGCCGGCAUGCACACACUGAGGUCCUCCAGCAUCUGAGCUGCAUGGCUCGACGUCACCGUCUCUUCCUGGUGGCCAACAUGGCCGACCUCCAGCCGUGCUCUGUGACCUCCGACCUCACCUGCCCUCCAGAUGGACGCUGGCAGUUCAACACUGAUGUGGUGUUCAGGUUGGAUGGGCUUCUGGUGGCCCGCUACCACAAGUACAACCUGUACUUUGAGAACGCCUUUGACAAGCCGCCGAGUUCAGAGCUCGUCACCUUCGACACGCCCUUCGCUGGUACGUUUGGGGUGUUGACCUGCUUCGACAUCCUGUUCCACAAUCCCACAGUGACCCUGCUGAACACGGGUGUGCGGCAGCUCGUCUACCCCACGGCGUGGAUGAACCAGCUCCCCCUGCUGGCGGCAGUGCAGUUCCAGUGGGCCUUCAGCCGGGGUGCCAACAUCUCUGUGCUGGGGGCCAACAUACGCAGUGACCCACUGGGCAUGACCGGCAGCGGCAUAUUCAGCCCCGACACGGCCCUCUACCACCACGCCAGGGCAGGGGAGCUGGAGGCUGGGAAGCUGCUGGUGGGCAGAUUACCCGUGCUGGACCCCGCGUGGCUGGAGGACAGAGGGGCGAUGGAGCGUGGACGUCUGGGCGAUGGAGGUACAGAGCCACCCCCAGAAUCGGAGGCUCUCUCUGGGGUGGGAAGCACAGGUGGGGUGGGGGGCGUCGGUCCCUGGCCCUCAAGUCGCACGGACUCUUUUUGCCUGCCGAAGGAAGAGGACUGUCAGAGGACUGAGCCGUCUUCCUCUCCUCUCCCCCCUAACCUCUUCUACUCCUCCAUGAUGUACGACCAGUUUGCCUUCAAACUCUUGCCAGACUGGCAGGGCGACCUCACUGUGUGUGAUGGGGCUUUCUGCUGCCGUCUGCAGUAUCAGAGGUCUCCACUGGAGGGCAGUACAGAGCUCUAUGCACUGGGGGCGUUCGCUGGCACACACGUGGUUAAUGGACGCUACGCACUGCAGGUGUGUGCUUUAGUCCGCUGCUCCGGGACCGUGCAAAGCUCCUGCGGACAGGAUGUGGAAGAGGCGGAGACCAAGAUGGACUUCCUGCUGGAAGGGAAUUUCAGUACGCCGCACGUGUAUCCGUCGGUGGUGGUCAGUCAGGUGGUCUUGGAGAGGCCGGAUGUGGUCGAGAGAAGCGCGGACGGUCGAGUCGCGAUGAGACACUCAGGGACGACAGCUGGACUGGUCACCGCAUGUCUCUAUGGCAGGAUGUAUGACCAGGAUGGAGAGUGAUUGUGUGUGUGUGUGAUUGUGUGUGUGUGUGUGUGGGGGGGGGGAUAUAUAGGUUGCAGCUCAUACUGUGUCAUACAACCCUUAAAAAAAUUUAAUUAGUAACCUCAUUUCAUUUCAUUCAGAACUAAAUACUAGGGGUGGGGGAAAAAAUUGAUUCACAUAUGAAUCACGAUUCAGUCUUCUAACGAUUCACAUCGAUUCACUUUAAUUUGAAUUUUUAUGUAAGCAUAUCGCAAUUUGAUUUUUUUAUCGAAUCGUGACCCCAAGAAUCGAAUUGUGAGGUACCAAAAGAUUCCCACCCCUAAUAGACGGUAAGCUGUACAUUUCUGUUUAAUAUUUAUCUGUGUUGCAGAAAUAAAUAAGUAUUCAA